UCAGAAGAUAAACAUAGAGCUCUUUGUGAGCAUAAUCUUAUGCACUAACCAAGUUAUAAUCCCUAGAGGUCCGCUCCAAACUCUGUCAAUAUGCGGUCAAUAUACACUAAUCCAAUAAUUGAGUGUGGAGUGUGGACGUUACCGCCACGUCCCCGUUUGGCAGUAUAAAUUGGCGGGAAAAUCGUCUCAAAGCAUCAGUUGACAUCUGCCAACGGUUGAGUUACCAGCUCAGAAAUAAUAAAGAUAUUUAAGAUGGCCGGAAACAUGAUGAGGUUCACCGCCACCAUGCUCUUCGUUAUGGCAGUGCUCCUCUCCCUUGCUGUGAUCAGCGAGGCCAACUACAAGAACGCUCCCAUGAACGGUAUCAUGUUCGGAAAGAGGGGGCCAUCUGAUUAUGACCCUCGUGGCAAGACAUUCACGGCUCUCUGCGAGAUUGCUACCGAGGCCUGCCAGGCGUGGUUCCCUUCUCAAGAAAACAAGUGAAGAAACUUACGAAAUCACCCAAGAUGAUUAUUGACUAUACGGCAACCCAUAAUGGAACUCGGAUUUAUUUGUUAUAUGCUUGAAAAUAAAUUGCUUUCGUCUUAGUGAUUUAUAUUGGAAUAUUUAAAGGCUGGAUUAUAUUAUAUUUAACUGCAAUAAAAUGCUUCAGAUUAA